CAUUUUUCCAUGGAUGGACAGUACCAGUGUAAGAGAAACUCAGAAACAGACACUGGGAUCAAUUAAAAAAGGCAAUAUGGAAGAAGCUGAGAAGCCACGUGCAGGGGACAAAUUCUGCUGCAUUUCCAAGCUGAAGGUAUUUCUGCUGGCGCUAUCACUUGCAUUUGUCGGUAAAACGAUGUCUGGUGCUUACAUGAACAGCAUGUACACACAGAUAGAGAAACAAUUUAAUAUUCCAGCGUCUUUAGUGGGGAUCAUUAAUGGAAGCUUUGAAAUUGGCAACUUGCUGCUGAUAGCAUUUGUGAGUUACUUCGGAGCAAAGCUUCACAGACCCAGAAUAAUUGCUUUGGGCUGCACGAUUCUGUCGUUUGGAUGUCUUUUGAUAUCACUUCCUCAUUUCCUGUUUGGAAGGUAUCGUAUUGAAAGCAGUAUUUCACCACGGGAGAAUUUUUCAGUCAUGCCUUUGUGCCUUGUUAAUCAAAGCUUGCUUUCUUUACCUACAGAGGAACCAUCAGCAGAAUGUGAAAAAGAGCCUGGGUCCUUGUUGUGGAUAUUUGUGAUGGUUGGAAACAUAGUACGAGGAAUGGGUGAAACUCCCAUCAUGCCUUUAGGCAUUUCAUAUUUGGAGGAUUUUGCCAAAGCAGAGAAUUCACCUUUCUACCUGGGGUGUCUACAUACAGCAACAGUAAUUGGCCCCUUCCUUGGUUUCUUGUUGGCAUCGUUCUGUGCAGAAGUGUUUGUUGAUCUGGGAUCAGUAGAUAAAGAGGACAUAACUAUAACAGCGACUGAUGCCCGCUGGGUUGGAGCAUGGUGGCUGGGCAUUUUGAUUUGUGCAUCACUGAAUCUUCUCGCAGGAAUACCUUUUUGGUUUUUGCCCAAAUCACUUGUGAAGGAAGGAGAAACCAAUGAACCUGAGGAGACGAGUAAAAAAAGUGUAGUACUAUUACAAGAAAAUGGUAAAAAUGAAGCCAAACAGACCAUGUGUGAAAUCGCUAAAGAUUUCAUCCCAUUCCUCAAGGCUCUGUUUCGCAACCCAGUUUAUAUGUUAUUUAUAUGCAUAACUGUGUUACAGUUCAGUGCCUUCAAUGGCAUGAUAUCCUUCAUGCCCAAAUAUUUGGAACAGCAGUUUGGAAAAUCUGCAUCAGAUGCCAUCUUUUUAAUUGGUGUUUACAACUUACCAGUUAUAUGCGUUGGGUAUUUUUUUGGAGGCUUAUUCAUGAAGAAAUUCAAGAUAAAUAUCUAUCAGGCUGCGAACAUAGCAUUUUGGGUAUCUUUACUGGAAUACCUUCUCUACUUUGCUGCCUAUUGGACUAUCUGUGAUACUUCACCAGUUGCUGGCCUAACAGUUUCCUAUGAAGGAAUAGAGCAAGUUUCAUAUGCAGAAAAUACUCUACUUGCUGGCUGCAACAGGGAUUGUGAUUGCCCACUUAAAAUAUGGGACCCUGUUUGUGGGAGCAAUGGAAUCACGUAUGUGUCACCUUGUCUUGCUGGGUGUAAAGCCUCAAGAGGAACUGGAAAAAACAUGGUAUUUGAAAACUGCACCUGUGUUGCAGCCUCAGGGUUUUCAUCUCAAAAUGUCUCUGCGAUUCUGGGCGAGUGUGAUGGAGAAGAAAACUGUGACAAGAUGCUUCAUUAUUUUUUAAUAUUGUCAUUAGUCUGCAGCUUCAUUUUUUCCUUAGCAGCCAUGCCUGGGUACAUGGUUUUAAUAAGGUCUCUAAAGCCUGAAGAAAAGUCAUUUGGAGUGGGUAUCCAUGGACUCGCUUCAAGAGUAUUUGCUGGAAUUCCAUCUCCCAUUUAUUUUGGAGCUUUGAUAGAUACCACUUGCUUGAAGUGGGGUACUGUGACUUGUGGUGGAGAAGGAGCAUGUAGGAUGUACGACAUUGUCACAUAUAGAUGGCUCUAUCUUGGCCUGCCAGCAAUAUUACGCGGAGUGUCCUAUAUCCCAAGUGCACUUAUUCUCCUUAUUUUAAAGAAGAAAGUUAAAUCUGAAAGCCACGUCUUAUUAGAAGCACCAGUAGAAAUGCAGGAUAAAGUGCAAGAAACAUUGAAAUAGCAUUUCAAAGCAAGACAUAU